UUGUCCACACUCCAGUCCAGUUGGUGGCGGUGGCACCUACAAGUUGGUUUGCCAACCGCCAAUAAACACAAAAGAAGAAGAAGAAGAAGAAGAAGAAGAAGAAGAAGAAGAAGAAGAAGAAGAAGAUUGAAUUGAUUGCUCUCGUCUGGCUGUCACAGCGUCGCUCUCUGAUUGGUCAACAUUCCAUGGCGCCAAAACAGCGAAGAGGAAGAGUUGAAAACACAACAGGAGAGACCUCUGCUCAAUAUUUUGAUUAUAUAAUUUGGCAUAAAGCUACUUUUGGCCUAAUUUGAGCAGAAAAUGGACACACAGUCAUAUUUACCAGUAAAACCUGGGGUGGGUAUGGAGGAGAACUUUUUGUCUCUUGACGAUAUUUUGCUCUCACAUGAGAGACUUCCUAUCCGAACAGAGUGUAGCUUCCCGCGGCUGGGAUUCCUGGAGAAGUCGAGUGACUCGCACGACAUACCGGAGGGUACAAAGAUGGAGCUUCCUCUGUGGCUGUCGAAGGGUCUGUACGAGAAGAAGAGGAGGGUGCUGUCCGUGGAGCUGCCCAAGGUGUACAGAGAGGGCUGGAGGACCGUGUUCAACGCUGACCCCAACGUGGUGGAUCUGCACAAGAUGGGGCCCUACUACUACGGCCUGGGCUCCCAGAUGCUGCACUUUGACAGCCCAGAGAAUCCUGAGAUCGCACAGACGCUGCUGCAG